CUAACAGUCUAACUAACUACAACUACACUAACUCGCAGCUAAACUACUUACCUCCCUCCUCCUACUUACUCCUCCGGUUGUUGUGCCCUUUCAACUCCACUUACCAUCCCCCGCCACAAAAUAAACAAAAAACAACACCUCCCUCGACAUUCUCGGUGUCUGUGUCAUCCCAAUCCCUGCUCUCUUCAUCAACUCGCCCUGCCGCUGCCAUCUCCUUACCGCAUCCAUCGGUAAUACUUGACGCAACUCCACCAUGUCGUCACGGAAGAAGGUCUUGUUGAAGGUCAUCAUCUUGGGUGAUAGCGGCGUCGGUAAAACGAGUUUGAUGAAUCAAUAUGUCAACAAGAAGUUCAGCGCGAGCUACAAGGCCACGAUCGGAGCCGAUUUCCUGACCAAAGAGGUUCUGGUGGACGACCGUCUGGUAACAAUGCAGAUCUGGGAUACUGCGGGACAGGAGCGCUUCCAGUCCUUGGGUGUUGCUUUCUACCGGGGUGCCGACUGCUGUGUGCUGGUAUACGAUGUGAACAAUUCCAAGAGUUUCGAGGCGCUGGACAGCUGGCGCGACGAGUUCUUGAUUCAGGCUAGCCCUCGGGAUCCGGAGAAUUUCCCUUUCGUUGUGAUUGGUAACAAGAUCGAUGCGGAGGAAAGCAGACGGAUGAUCUCCUCGAAGCGGGCGAUGACUUUCUGCCAGUCGAAAGGCAACAUCCCGUACUUUGAGACCAGUGCCAAGGAGGCUGUGAACGUUGAGCAAGCCUUUGAAGUCAUUGCUCGCAGCGCUCUGGCACAAGAAGAAGCAGAAGAGUUCAGCGGCGAAUUCAGCGACCCCAUCAACAUUCACCUUGACGGUGACCGCGACGGUUGCGCCUGUUGAUACCCUAUCGCUAGACAUGAUUUUUUUUUGGAACGAUACUACAACUCUGUCUUUAGUUAAGAGAUGCCGUGCUUCGACUGGUUGCGAACUGUGAUCUUCUUGUUUUCUAUGUCUAUUAAGGAGAGGGGGUUCCGUUACUCUCUAUCGCACCUGUACAUACAUUGCGGGUGCCCUCUCAUGUAUCACGCUUCUGUCUUUUGCUGGUUCGUUGCUCGCAUGGGGUGUUAUUGAUUAAUGGUUAAUGUUGUCUUUACUACCUAGUCCAUCUUCCGUGCUUAUCUGUAGGAGUCUGGGG